AUAUUUCCAUUUCGUUCUCGCUGGCUUAACGUUGCCCACUACCGAACGAGACAACACCUAUGCAGUCAUUUAAAUUUGUAUGUCAAAAUUAAUACCUAAAAAAAAACUUUUAUUUUUCUUUCGUGUCAUUCGUUAUCGUUAUCUCCUCUUUCGCUGUAUUCUCGCUUUCACAACCAGACAAAAAUCUUCUCCAAAUCCAAAGCCAAACCAAAAGCAAACCAACACCAAGUCCAAAUCUACUGACAGACUAAACUAAGCAGUAGAGUGGCAGUAAAAGUAUAAAAUUGUUCAAAAUUACGGGGAGAGGUCAAUGUAAUCUAAAUCUACAGAUUUAAAUUACCCAGCAGCAGGAAAAUACCUAUCGCAGAUAAUUGUAAUUGAAAUUGAUUCGCAUUCGAGCUAUGAAAAGUUGAAGUUAAAGUUGCACAAACUUUCUAUUUUCUAUUGCUUGCUGAAAGGAAAAAUAAUUAAGUUUGCUGUUGUUGUUUUCUUUAUCGUGGAAGUUCUUUUUUUCCGACAAGAAAAACAGAAAUCAAAAGGGAAAAAGUGUCAGUCUCACAAUCACAACUCUGAAAAAGUUUGCAAAUUGAGGAAAGAAAAAUCCCCGCGUCUUCUUUGUUUGUGCCAAAGCCCAACACAGCACCAGCAACGGAAUAAUACAAAACAACUGAGUUAUUUUGCAAUAAAAUCAGCUUGUGCAAAACUCCAAGUAUCCACUUUUACCUAAUCCUACCCUCGUCGUAGUCGCAUUACGAAAGACACAACUAUGGACCGAAACAAUGGAUACACAUACAUCAGACGCCAAGGACAAACGAUAAAUUCAUCUUCAAAUAAUGAUGCCAGAACAACUGCUUCAAUACCAACUAGAGAACCUCUCACCCAACAUGAUGAAUUGAUUCGUUAUAUCAAAGAAGCAUGGCACAAAGUGAAUGAACAAGGACCACACGGAGCUCCUGUCAUCUAUAGAAAUGAAUCUGAUCAGUUGAAAAAUUUCAAACCUUUCGAUUUAGAAGAAUACUGGGGCCAACGUCUCGUUCAAAAUAUCCACGUUUCUCAUGGACAUCAAUAAUAAUUUGAAUUAAUAUUAAAUAUUAUUAAAAAAAAAAAAAAACAACUUUACAAAACUUAGUAACAAAAAAUUAAAAAAAAAAAGAACGUUUUAAACAAAAUUUAGGCAAUAGAAGAUUAGAAAACUAAAAACUGAAAACAAUGAGCCAGUCCUCGUGUAAAUAUAUUUCAAUUAUGCGAAAAGGGCUGCCAAUAUUUCUAAUUAGAGAAACGAAAUUUUAAAAAACUAAAACAAAAAUACAAAAAUUGCUGCCAAGGAACUACACGAAGAAAUUCCAAUUUAAUCACAAUUUUAUUUUGUCAUUGUGUCAUUUAUUUUUAAUGAAUUGUAAGUUUCGUGUUUGAGAUUUUUGUUUUUUAAAGUUUGUUUUGUCGUUUGUUUUUGAGAAAUUGACUGCGUUGUGUCAUCAGCAAAAUUGUAUUCUAUUGUAGUUCUUUUCUUAUUGUAUAACUUUUGUUUUUAUUUUAAAUUGCCAUCCCAAAAGUUCUGCUUUAUUGUUUUUAGUAAUUAUUUUUAUUAUUGUAUGUAAUAAAUUGCACCUUUAACAAUUGGAGGAAUGUUCAGAAACAAAAAUUUUAUACCCUAUGAAUAAUAAUCGAUAAGUAUUCGUGUUUAUGCUAAAAAAAAUAAUAAUAUAAAAUAUAUAUUUUCAAAUUAGUGAUAAACAAUAAAAUUUAACAAUAAAAUUAAAGAAAAAAAAUUAUAACAA